AUGGACAGACUAAUGAUUUUUAAAAACUCAAGUAUUGAUGCUACUCAAGAUGAACUAGACUUGGAUGAGGUUUUGCAUUUGUUUGCUGAAACAGAGCCAAGUUUGGAAGAGGUGAAGGAAGCUUUUGAUCAUAUGUUUGAUUGGAAUGGAGAUGGAUACAUUGAUGCACAAGAGUUGGAGAAAGUUAUUUGUAGAGUGGGUGUCUCUGAAUUUUCAGUGGAGGAUUGCAAGAAGAAGAUUAUGGCAUUUGAUAAAAACGGAGAUGGAAGAAUUGAACUUCGUGAAUUUGUGAAGCUCGUGGAUAAUGGUGGCAAAAUGGAUUAA